AUGAGCGAGACACAUUUUCAGAAAGCGAAUUCGGCAAAUGACCGAGAACUUGAGGAGGAGGUGAAACAACUCACAAACAUGGAUGUGAUUCUUGAAGAAACUCGCUUUACGGGGAGAUAUGUGAAUUCUGAUACAGCCUAUGCAAUUCUCAUAGACGAGAGUGGUGGAAAGGGGGCAGUUCAUACUCAAGUCGGCACUGGCAAGGUGGAAAUUCUUCCGACUGGACCAAAUUCGGGCAACGGAUUUCGAAUCUUGAUUUUGGAUGAAGGCAGAACCUGCUUGAUCUUAGGCCAGCCGUCAAUUCGAUGUUUCCAAGUUCGCCGCGCUUGA